AUGUCGCAUCACAUGUACGAGCACUUGAUGGUGCGGUUCUGCGAGACGUACGGCAUCCGAUGUAUCGCGUCCGACCGAAGAGGCUUUGGGAAAAGCGACUGGAACACCAACCGCAGCACGGAGAUCUCUUACGACACCUUUGCUCAAGACACCAUUGACUUGAUCGAUCAUGUCGAGGUUGGCGAUUUCGUCUUCGUCGCGAGCAGCAUGGGAUGCGGAGAAUCUCUUUUGGCGUACCUUCAGAUGCGUGAAGACCUGCAGAAGAAAUGUCAGGGUUUGAUAUGGUUGGGUCCCAGUCUUCCAUGCCCAUUGAAAACGGACACAAAUCCCAUGGCACCGUCUCGAGAAUUAUGGGACAUGAUCCUGUCUGGUUUUCGCUUAGAUCGCACGGCAUUCGCCAGGACCGCGCUCCCAGGCGUGUUUGGCAUUCCUUUCAACAUCGGCAUCGAGGUGCCCGAGACAGUUUUGCAAAGGUUCGAAUGGAUUGUCGCACAGGCCGACGCCCUUGCGAUCGAGAGUUGCGUCCAGAUCAUCACGGACAGAGACUUCACCGAUGACCUCAAGAAACUGGAUAGAAAGGAUAUAAGAGUUCUCGUUAUCCACGGGGACAAUGACCAGAGUAAUCCCGCCGAAGCCACUGCGAAUCUCAUUCCAAACCUCGUCAGUCAGGCCCAAGUCAAAAUCUACGAGAAGGCAGCGCACGGCAUGUACCUCACACAUGCAGAUCAAGUCACCGACGAUAUCCUCUCCUUCGUACUCGGACUUUGA